AUGAAGCAUUUCUGUAGGGUACCGAAAGCAUACCUACUCAUCCCUAGAGUUUCAUCACGAUAUUCUAGUACUGAGGCCGCUCAACCAAAAAUUUCAAAACUUAAAAUUAGCUUCAACAAAGUUUCUGAAUCAAAUAGCAAAAAAAAAGAUAACUCGAGUUCCAUUGAUACAGAUAAUUGUCUUAUUGCUCAACAAGAUGGCAAGAUAUUGAGCACCAAGCUCUCGAAGUCUUCUCUUCCACCAUCGUUGCAGUAUGUACGUGACUUGAUGGAUUUGUAUAAAGAUCAUGUGGUUUUAACACAAAUGGGGUCGUUCUAUGAACUUUACUUCGAGCAAGCCGUCAAAUAUGCCCCAGAAUUAAACAUAUCAUUGACAAAUCGAGCUUAUAGUCACGGCAAAGUUCCAUUUGCUGGAUUUCCUGUACACCAGUUAAGCCGACACUUAAAAAUGCUUGUUAAUAACUGUGGAUACAGCGUAACCAUCGCAGACCAAUUCAAAAGAAAAGAUGUAGCGGAUAAUGAAGUCAAUAAAUUCUAUAGGAGAGUGACUAGAAUUGUUACUCCCGGUACUUUUAUUGAUGAAGCAUUUGAAAAUUUGAGGGAAAAUACAUAUCUACUGAAUAUCGAAUUCCCUGAAAACUGCAUGAGUCAAGUAGCAGAUGCGAGCUUAAAGGUCGGUAUAUGUUGGUGUGACGUGAGCACUGGAGAGAUAUUUGUUCAACAAGUGUAUCUUAAGGAUUUGGUUUCUGCAAUAACAAGAAUUCAACCUAAGGAGAUUCUUUUAGAUGAAAAAUUGCUAGAGUUUCAUAUUGAGUCAGGGACCUGGUAUCCAGAACUUGUUGAGCUUAAGAAAUUUUUCAUAAAAUAUCAGAAAAUGCCCAGUCAACAUCGUACCAUUGAAUCAUUCUAUGGGCUGUUUAAUUUGGGCGGUAAAGAAGCAACGGAAAGACAAUUGAGAAUCCAAUUUCAAACCUUCACUCAGAAGGAGUUGGCUUCUUUGAGGAACACCUUAAUAUAUGUAAGUGACCAUCUACCAGAUUUCUCUAUUAAUUUCCAGAUUCCUCAGAGACAAUUAGCAACAGCAAUUAUGCAAAUUGAUUCAAGAACUAGUACUGCACUUGAACUACAUUCCACUGUAAGAGACAACAAUAAAAAAGGCUCUUUGUUAUCAUCUAUAAGGAGGACAGUUACACCUUCUGGAACGAGACUUCUAUCUCAAUGGUUGAGUGGACCUUCCCUCGAUUUGAAGGAAAUCAAAAAACGCCAGAAAAUUGUAGCAUUUUUCAAAGACAACGUUGAUAUAACUGAGGCACUACGCACUAUGUUGAAAAAAGUGAAUGAUCUUUCCCGUAUACUGCAAAAAUUUAGUUUUGGAAGAGGUGAAGCAUUGGAGCUUAUUCAAAUGGCGCGUUCACUGCAGGUUUCAAGAGAAAUACGAGAGUAUUUAAUGAAUAAUACCUUUUUGAUGAAAGCUACACUGAAGAGUCAAAUUACACAGCUGACUGAAUCUUUGGAUUUCCAACAAAACUUGAUUGAUGAUAUCUUAAAGUUUUUAAACGAAGAAGAGCUAGCAAAAUCACAAGAUGUUAAACAGAAUGGAGAUGUAAAUAUAAUGCUUGAGAUGGACGUAAAAGACAAGAAAGUAAGUAGAAAGGAUGAAAUUUUUGAACUAACAGAUUUCAUCAUAAACCCUUCGUUCAAUAGCAAGCUUAGGAAACUGCAUGAUGCUUAUCAGAGCGUUUGGCAAAAAAAGAACGUAUUCGAUGCCUUGUUAAAGGAUUUGUUUGUUGGUGACCUAGGUGCUAAAACUCUCAGCUUGAAGGAAAGGCAAAACGGCGAGUAUGCUCUCCAUGUGACAGGAACAGCUUCAAAUUUAAAGAAAAUUGAUGAGUUAAUUAGUAAAACAACGGAGUACCAUGGAAGUUGUUUCCAUAUUAUGCAAAAAUCGAGCCAAACACGAUGGCUGAGUCACAAAACUUGGACAGACUUGGGGCAUGAGUUAGAAUUAUUAACUUUAAAGAUUAGGAAUGAAGAGUCCAAUGUUAUUGAUCUAUUUAAAAGAAAAUUUAUUGAUAAAAGCAACGAGGUUAGACAAGUUGCAACUACAUUGGGUUAUCUCGAUACCUUAUCGUCAUUUGCUGUCUUAGCUAACGAGAGAAACUUAGUCUGCCCCAAAGUAGAUGAGAGCGAUAAACUAGAAGUAGUGAACGGGAGACACCUGAUGGUCGAGGAGGGCCUUUCAGCACGUUCUUUGGAGACAUUUACGGCCAAUAACUGCGAAUUAGCGAAGGACAAUUUAUGGGUAAUUACCGGACCUAAUAUGGGCGGUAAAUCUACAUUCCUGAGACAAAAUGCAAUUAUAGUAAUUCUAGCACAGAUUGGAUGUUUUGUUCCAUGCAGCAAGGCGCGUGUGGGUAUUGUAGAUAAGCUUUUUAGCAGGGUUGGUUCAGCUGAUGAUCUAUACAAUGAGAUGAGUACGUUCAUGGUUGAAAUGAUAGAAACAUCGUUCAUCUUGCAAGGUGCUACUAAACGGUCUUUGGCAAUUCUCGACGAGAUCGGCCGUGGCACCAGUGGUAAAGAAGGCAUCAGCAUCGCAUAUGCAACUUUAAAAUAUUUGUUAGAGAACAAUCAAUGCAGAACGCUUUUUGCUACUCAUUUUGGUCAAGAAUUGAAGCAAAUCAUUGAUAGCAAAUGUGCGAAAGGGAUGCGCGAAAAGGUUAAGUUUUAUCAAAGCGGAAUCACAGAUUUAGGUGGAAACAAUUUCUGCUACAACCAUAAGUUAAAGCCAGGCAUUUGCAUGAAAUCAGAUGCCAUUAGAGUUGCGGAAUUGGCUGGGUUUCCAAUAGAAGCGUUAAAAGAGGCUCGGGAAAUACUGAGCUAA